AUGUCCAGAAAUUACAGACUACUGGUGAAAAAUGCCAAACAGGUGGUUUUGAUCUGCAACAACGAAGAGAAGUACCUGAUCAAACAUGGAAUGCAAAAUCUCUGUGUGAUUGAAAAUGGCAGCAUUGUGAUCGGGAGUGAUGGCCUGAUUAAAGAUGUGGGGCCUGCAGAAACCAUCAGAGCUCAGUAUUCAGAGGCUUCAUUUGAGAAAGUGAUUGAUGCUACAGGAAUGUGCGUCCUGCCUGGCUUGGUUGAUGCUCACACCCACCCAGUCUGGGCUGGAGACAGGGUGCACGAGUUUGCAAUGAAGCUGGCAGGAGCCACCUACAUGGACGUGCACCGGGCCGGGGGAGGGAUCCACUUCACGGUGCAGCACACUCGAGCUGCCGCCGCCUCGGACCUGCUGACUUCCCUCAGCAGCAGGUUGGUUCGGAUGCAGCGAGCAGGAACCACCCUGGUGGAGUGUAAGAGUGGAUACGGCCUGGAGCUGCAGACUGAGCUCAAGAUGCUGCAGGUGAUCGAGGAGGCCAGACGCUCUCUGCCCAUCAACAUCUCCUCAACCUACUGUGGAGCUCAUGCAGUGCCCAAGGGGAAGACUGUUGCAGAGGCCACACAGGACAUCCUGCAGGUUCAGCUGCCUCGGCUGAAACAGCUCAUGUCCGCUGGGACUCUGAGGGUCGACAACAUCGACGUGUUUUGUGAGCAGGGAGUGUUUGACCUCAGCUCCACUCGCUCCAUCCUGCAGGCUGGAAAAGACAUGGGCCUCAACAUCAACUUCCAUGGAGACGAGCUUCAUCCCAUGAACUCUGCUCAGUUGGGAGCAGAGCUUGGAGCCUUAGCCAUCAGUCACCUGGAGGAGGUCACAGAUGAAGGGAUUGCUGCCAUGGCCAAAGCAAGAACCGCUGCUGUCCUCCUGCCCACUACAGCCUACAUUCUCAGGUGCUUUCAGCCACGAGCCAGAGACAUGCUGGAUGCUGGAGUUGUCGUUGCCCUCGGCAGCGACUUCAACCCCAACGCCUACUGCUGCUCCAUGCCGAUAGUCAUGCACCUGGCCUGUGUCAACAUGAGGAUGUCCAUGCCUGAGGCUCUGGCUGCGGCCACCAUCAACGCAGCCUUCGCCCUCGGGUGCUCCCACACACACGGGUCUCUGGAGGUCAACAAACACGGAGACCUGCUGAUCCUCAACACCACGCGAUGGGAGCAUCUGAUUUACCAGCUGGGAGGACAUCAGGAGAUCAUCCGUUACGUCAUCAUCAAAGGGAACGUUGUCCAUGAUAACGACAAAACCGUGGACUUGUAAUUACAUAAGAACUCCCUGCUGAUUCAGGUGAGUGACUGAUUACUG